UGUUCAAAAUGCUGAUAUGCUUGGUGUUGUUGGUGACAGCGCGACAAGUAGUGGGUUCAGGUCUGGAGACGGAAGACGCAAAUAUCACAGCGCCUAAAGAUAUGUAUGUAGUUCGAGCUACAGUGUACCAAGUCGGAAUUCUUACAAACAGCACUAACGAAACUGAAGAUUUUCACAACGGACACCAGGAAACCAUAACCUUCUACAGGCACAACGGGUCAGCGAUCGAUAUGGAUUCACUGCCUGUGCCUUUGGAGACUAAUGUGACAGCAGAGAAUAUGGUGGGAGUCGCUCCCGUGGCAGGCAACUCAACCAUACCCUGGAAACCCUGGACCGCUUUGAAACCACCAGCGAGUAUAACAGGAGACACAGAAGCACCUAAAACCAAACGCGAAGCCGCAGAAACUCCUGCGAAGAUCAUCAAAGGAUCAGCUGUCAUACCACCGGAGGCGGGAGUCCAAUCCGUAGCCCUACCACCCCUGAUAACCCUGAAUAAGAAUCUCUCCGAGAUACCUGUACCUAUACCCAACGUAUCCGUUGUCAGUUACGCCAAAGUCAACACUUUGAUUCACUCCCCUUAGAGAUCAUUACAUAUAAUAUCACGUCACAUAUUUUGAACUUUUGGAACCCCUCCUCCCCUUGUCACGAUUUUUUUAAUACCUUUACAUACUUCAUUGCCAAAUUUAGUAUGCCCCCCCCCCCUCCCCCUUAAACUGUUACGUAAUUUAUGGAAGGACCCUUAGGGCUUUCGAGUAUUACGUCAUGUAUUAGGGCUGAUAAAACCUUAUGAGUUCCACAGAGAAGGGGUGGUUUAAAAUCUGUGUGCUAGUUCCGUAAUACUUGGCCGUCUUCUUAAUUGCCUUUAUUGUUAGUAUAAUUUAUAUUGGAAAGUUGGCAGUAAACGUUCUACAUUUAAAAUUGUGCAAUGUUAGUUUAAUAUUUAUUAGCAUUUGAGUAUCUGAAGUAACUACAGAUUUACUU